UAAAUUUGAAAUGUAUUAAGACAAGAGUUUAUUGGAAAAUAGUAAAAAUAAAUAAAUAAAAAUUGAGAUCACUGGAAUAGAUGAGCUCAACUCAAAUUAAAGAACUAGGCUAUCGAGCUUCAAAAUGGGCCAAUACUGAGCUCCAAUAAUGGGCCAAUUACCUUUUCGUCCAAAGGUUUUUCAUUUGUCAUCAUCCUCGUCGGCAUCAUUUCUCAAUCUCUCCUUCGCCGCCGGACUCCGUCGCUUUCUAUUUUCCAGUCUUUUAUAGAGUAAGGGAGAGAGAGAGAGAAAGAUGGUGAUUCCACCGGCGGUUAGACCACCACGCCUCUUCGACUACCUCAAACCUUACGUCCUGAAGAUGCACUUCACGAACAAGUUUGUUCACGCCCAAGUCAUCCACUCACCGACAGCCACAGUGGCUUGCGCAGCUAGCUCACAGGAGAAAGCACUGAGGGAAACGAUGGGCGUCACGCGCGACGUGGCUGCUGCUUCAAAGAUUGGUAAGAUCCUCGGGGAAAGGCUCCUGAUGAAAGAUAUCCCAGCUGUUGCUAUCCACAUGAAGAAAGAGCAGAGGUAUCAUGGUAAAGUCAAGGCUGUGAUCGAUUCCGUCAGGGAAGCUGGCGUCAAGUUACUUUGAGCAUUAUUUCAACAAACAAUCCAUGAAACCAAAAUCAAUCUCGUGUUAUUCGUUUCGAACAUUGUUGUUUUUUUUUUGUAGCUUAUGUUCAUGUUUGUUCUUCAGCUUCAGGGUUAUGAAGAAACUUGUUCUAAAGAGAACGAAUGUUAUACAAGCUUUGACUAUUGAAAUAAUACGACUAUAUAUCAAUUUCGUUUCUAAAAA